CCAUCUCCAUCUCCAGCAAGCAAUGUAGGAGCUUGGCUUCCAAGCCCGCCAUGCUUUGUUUGCAGGGAAAGGGAUAAGACGCAGGCAAGGAUCCCGAUAGGUCCGCUAUAAAGCCAUGCGCCGCCUCCACCGCAAUGCGAGCUCUUUUCAAUCUGAGGUGAGUCUCUCACGGAUAUUUGCUCAUCGUUUCCUGCGUUUUGUUUGGAGGCAGGAUUGACACAGCGUAUCGCUGCGAUGUGUUUGCAGCACAGUCUUCACGAGUUGUUGAUUCUGUUCGGGAGAGGCUUGCAGGAUGGCCCCUGUUGGUGUGAGCAUACGAGUCCGAGAUGAUCAUGUUGUGAUAGAUAAUGGGAUUCUCCAAUUGACUUUGUCGAAUCCCGAGGGGCUCAUCACUGGAGUUAGAUACAAUGGUGUAGAUAAUUUAUUGGAAGUUCUUAACAAAGAAGGGAAUAGAGGGUACUGGGAUUUGGUAUGGAGUGAACCUCAGGGUUCUGGUAUAUUCGAUGUGAUCCAGGGUACACAUUUUGAAAUAAUUCAUGAAGAUGAAAACCAGGUAGAAGUUUCUUUCACAAGAAACUGGGAUCCAUCCCUCCAAGGCAAGCUUGUCCCUUUAAACAUAGAUAAAAGGUUUAUAAUGCUCCGUGGCUGCUCGGGCUUCUACACUUACGCCAUCUAUGAGCACCGGGAAGGAUGGCCAGACUUCGAUUUGGCAGAAACCAGAGUUGCUUUCAAGCUUAGGAAGGACAAAUUUCGCUACAUGGCAAUAGCAGAUAACAGACAAAGAUUCAUGCCAAUGCCCGAUGAUCGCAUGCCUAAUAGGUCACAGAAGUUGGCAUAUCCUGAGGCUGUUCUACUAACUAACCCAAUUAAUCCAGACCAAAAAGGAGAGGUGGAUGACAAGUAUCAAUAUUCCUGUGAUAAUAAAGACAUAAAAGUUCACGGAUGGAUGUCUCUUGAACCUCCGAUUGGUUUCUGGCAAAUUACACCCAGUGACGAGUUCCGAUCCGGAGGGCCUGUCAAACAAAAUCUAACAUCUCAUGUUGGUCCUACCACCCUUGCUAUGUUUUUGAGUGCUCACUACAGUGGAGAGGAUCUUGUGCCUAAAUUCAGGAAUGGUGAAUAUUGGAAGAAAGUCUUUGGUCCUGUGUUCAUCUACCUCAAUUCUACUAUGGAUGGUCCAGAUCGACAACUUCUUUGGGACGAUGCAAAACUUCAGACACUAACAGAAGUGGAGAGUUGGCCAUAUGAAUUUCCAGUUUCAGAGGACUUCCAAAAAUGUGAUCAAAGAGGUUCUGUUAAUGGGAGAUUAAUGGUUCGAGAUAAAUUCAUAGAUGAGGAAGACAUAAUUGGGGAUGCUGCUUUUGUUGGUUUGGCUUUACCGGGAGAAGCCGGGUCCUGGCAAAGAGAAUGCAAGGGAUAUCAAUUUUGGACUAGAGCCGAUAACAAAGGGAAUUUCACCAUUACAAAUAUUCGAACAGGAGAUUAUAAUCUUUAUGCAUGGGUUCCUGGAUUUAUUGGGGACUACAGAUUAGAUGUGACAAUGACUAUUACUUCAGGAAAUAAAAUCAAUUUGGGUGACCUCGUAUAUGAACCUCCAAGAGAUGGUCCUACUUUAUGGGAAAUAGGAAUUCCCGAUCGUUCUGCUGCUGAGUUUUUUAUCCCAAAGCCUAAUCCUAUCUAUGUCAACAAACUCUAUGUUAACCAUCCUGACAGAUUUAGACAAUAUGGUUUAUGGGAGAGAUAUGCUGACUUGUAUUCUGAUAGUGAUCUUAUUUAUUCAGUGGGUGAGAGUGACUAUAAAAAAGAUUGGUUUUUUGCUCAUGUUACCAGGAAGACCGGAGAGAACUCCUAUCAAGCAACGACAUGGCAAAUAAAGUUCCAAGUUGACUAUGUCAAUCAAACCGGAGCUUACAAACUUAGAGUAGCACUUGCCUCUGCCACAAUUUCCGAAUUACAAGUUCGUUUUAAUGAUGCAACAGUAAAUCCUCCUCACUUUACAACAAGGCUAAUUGGUAGAGACAACUCGAUUGCAAGACAUGGAAUUCAUGGAUUAUAUUGGUUAUUCAAUAUCGAUGUGCAAAGUACAUGGCUUAUUCAAGGUGAUAAUACAAUCUAUUUAACUCAGACCAAGAGUGCAAGCCCUUUUCAAGGAAUCAUGUAUGAUUAUAUCCGCAUGGAAGGCCCUCCAGGACAAUAAUAUAAACAAAGUGGACAAGUCAUGCACUAGCUAACAUCUUACUGUUGCUUAAAAACAUCUCUAUGUGCAAAAUGUGUGUCUCUGGGUGUCAAUCUGUCGUUACAGAUUGACCUUUUUAUUCUUCAAUGCAUUGUGUGUAAUUUAUAACUUAAUUACAUCCUUGAGAUGAUGAAUCUUUU